AUGGUAAAAGGGAAAAGAAAAGAUGAUUCAAAUAGAAUUCCUGCCUUCUUCAAGGUUUUCAUCCCGAAUACCAGCACAGAGAGAUUGAAAAUUCCUAUUGCAUUUACAAAGAUGAUGCAAGGAAGCCUACCUGACAAGGCAUCCUUAAGGGAUCGCUAUGGAAAUAUAUGGCCAGUGGAGCUUGCAAGAAUUGAGAAUGCAAGUUUUUUUCUUGAGGGCUGGGCAAAAUUUGUUAAAGAUAAUUCUGUGGAACUUGGAGAUUUCUUAGUUUUUCAUUUUGAUGGCAAUUGUGUUUUUAAUGUAAAACUUCUGGGGCAUACUGCAUGUGAUAAGAAAGGAGUUGGAGGUCGUAUGUUUAAAGUCAAGGAAGAGGAGGAAAAUGAAAAAGAAGAAGAUGAAAAGGGUGAAAAUGAAAACUUGCAAAACAAUUAUAAUACUGUUGAUGAAACUGAUCAUAACGAAGAAUACAAUGCAGAGGAAGAGGAAGAAGAAGAAGAAGAAAUGCGAGUCCAACAGAAAGCCAAGUCUAACCAAAGAGCUGCAAAACCAAAGGCUUCUUGCAAGGGUUUGAAAAAGAUUAAGAAAAGCAUCAAUGGACCACCUGAUCUAGUCAGCCACAAAUCUGGAACUGAAGCUAGCAAAUGCAAUUUGUGGAAGGCAAAACGAAUAGAUGCUUAUGGUUUUAAUCUUUUCAAGUCAGGAAAAAUUCCCCAGCCAAAAAAUCCUUAUUUUGUCACAAAAGUAAGGACAAAGAGGCAAGAUGAAUUGUAUGUUCCAGUUGAUGUUGUUAAAGACCACAAUCUUGAAUUCCCACCAGAGAUUGUCCUCCAUGACCCCAAGGAGAGGGAGUGGCGUGCGAGACUUCGCCGGUGGUCGGAUGGUCGUGUAUGGUACUGUGGUGGCUGGCGAUCCCUCUGCAGACUGAACCUGGUUGGAGAAGAAGACAUUUGCGUUUGUGAGUUUGUGAAAAGAGAGGGUGGAGGGCUUCGCAUAAAUGUGACAUUUGUCCGCCCAGAAGAUCUUGCAUAA